CAAUGCAAACUGCCGAGUCGAUGAUUAUGAAUGGAUACAUUACAUUUAUUCCAAAGCUAUUUGAAAAUCUCUUCGGGUUCAGCAGUAGUUGGGCUAGUACAAUGACCGGUAAGAUAUUUCGUCGUUUCUACUCUUCUACUAAAAAAUUCUAAAU